AGCGGCGCGUUUGGGCGAUUAGCUCAGUUACCUGCCUCUAAAACAAAGACCCGGAUCAGCCGGGCACGGGUGCCGUCUAAAGUCAAUCCCAGCGCCGCUCAGCGUGUCGGGCAGACCCCUGUUUCCCGCCCGUCUCUGCGCCGGGACGUCCAGGGGCGCACAGCCCUCACAGCGCCGCCGCUGGUGCCUACUUCCUGAAUUCGCAGCAACAGAUGAAAAGGGCUGUUCGGCAGCAGCCAGCGGACGUCGAAGCGCGCCGUUUGCCCGAUUAACUCCAAAGAAGCUUUGGGUUUUCAAAGCGGCAUCCCGGGCAGCUGUGUCGAGGAGUGUCGCCGCGCUGCCGCGAUGGUGGAGGCUCCAGCCGGCUGUCUGUUCGAAGACAUCCAGUACGAAGACAUUCAAGUUGAAGCGGCUGUUGGCAGAGGGACGUUUGGAGUUGUCUUCAAGGCCGUGUGGAAAGGAAAGGAUGUAGCCAUCAAGACCAUUGAGAGUGAAAAUGAGAGGAACGCGUUCCUUGUUGAGCUCCGCCAGCUCUCCCGGGUGAAUCACCCUAACAUUGUUAAGCUGUACGGCUCCUGCGACAAUCCAGUCUGUCUGGUCAUGGAGUAUGCAGAAUGUGGCUCAUUAUAUAACCUCUUGCACAGCGCAGACCCACAGCCACACUACACGGCAUCCCAUGCCAUGAGCUGGUGUCUGCAGUGCGCCCAGGGAGUUGCCUAUCUGCAUGCGAUGAAGCCAAAGGCCUUAAUUCACCGGGACCUCAAACCACCAAAUCUGCUCCUCGUGGCUCGUGGUACUGUGCUGAAGAUAUGUGACUUUGGCACAGCUUGUGAUAUUCAGACCUACAUGACCAACAAUAAAGGCAGUGCAGCAUGGAUGGCACCAGAGGUGUUUGAAGGCAGUAACUACAGUGAAAAGUGCGACGUGUUCAGUUGGGGAAUUAUCCUAUGGGAGGUCAUCACACGCAAGAAACCGUUUGAUGAAAUCGGUGGCUCGGCGUUUUGUAUAAUGUGGGCUGUCCACAGAGGUACACGGCCUCCUCUGAUCAAAGACCUCCCGGAACCCAUAGAGACUCUGAUGACCCGCUGCUGGGACAAAGAGCCCAGCCAGAGACCGUCCAUGGAGGAGGUCAAGAACACCAUGAACCAUCUAAUGAAGUACUUCCCAGGUUCUGAUGAACCACUCAAGCUCCCUCACCAGUCUUCAGCCAACAGAAGUGGCUCCUCCUCAGCCACAAGCACAGGUUCAUACGCUGACUACACCAUCAACACUAACAGAAGUGACGACAACACAGAACACAGAAACUCAGUUGGCAGAGAGGAAACCCUGAAAAGCUUUGAGGCCAAAUUUCCACUACAGUUCAAACCCAUAAAGACAGCCACAUUGCGCGCUGGUCUGUCCAAGGUGUCCAGCAUAGACAGUCAACCAGGACGCUCCCAAAGCCCCAACUACUGCACCAGCCCUGUAACAACCACUGGCCAGUCAGAGCUGAGGAUGACAUUUAGUCCCACAGCUGCCAAUGGUUUAGACAGCUCCAUUCCCUUGGCCUACCUGAAACUGGAUCACCAGUUACAGCCUCUGGCCCCAUGUCCAAACUCCAAAGAGUCCAUGGCUGUGUUUGAGCAGCACAUCCGGAUGGCUCAAGAGUACCUCAAAGUCCAGUCGGAGAUUGCUCACUUUGUUCGGAGGAAACAGGAGCUGAUGUCUGAGCUGGAGCAGGACCAGAGGGAGCAGCAGACUUCAUCUCGACUCAUCCAGGAGCACAGCAAGCUGGUGGAGGACAACAGCCACCUGUCAGCCUACCACCAGGGCCUGAAGAGUAAACUGAGUCUGAUCAAGGGUCAGAACCAGCACCACAGCUAGGACAGUAAGCUGGGCCACGGGUAACAAUCUACACCUCUUCAGUUUUGCUGUUCUCUUCAGGACUGUCCCGUUCUCUGAAGGAUGAGAGGAAACACUCCAGCUGACAAUAAAGUAGGGAAGCCUGUUAUCCGGAGAAAAUAAGAUAUUUAGCUCGCCACAAAACAGUGUAUCAAGAUAACAUUAGAAUUCAAUCGAUAGUUUGGGAUUAUAAAUUCUAAAGUCCGACUGAAAUUGGAUUUAUCAUCUAGACAUUAUUCAUUUUUGUGUAAUGAAAUACAAACUAUAAUGAUAAGGCAGCUGUCAGAAGUGUUUUUGGACAUAUUUGUUGAAAAAGUGUCUAAGCCUCAAGCCUCUGAGUGAGUUUGACAACUGAGUGCUGGAGUUGGAAGGACCCGUCAUGAUGUUAAAGGAAAGUUCCGGUAUUUUUAACCUGGGUACAUUCUCAUAAGUUUGGCCAUUCUGACCAUGUGUCAACUUUGCACUCACGUCCAACUCUAGGCCAUAAACCUUGCGUGCCCCUUAAAGCUUUUCACAUAAGCCUCAGUUUUACGAAAAUCAUGUCAGACAUUUGUCUCUGAGUUUGACCUCAAAAACACAGAAACAUUUUAUCUAACUGCAGAGGGAUCUGCUUCCUGGGCAGCUUUCAGCUUGGCCUGAUAUACAGUGCGUUGUUUGACUGGAGCCGUUUUUAAGAGUGAGGCUGAAAAAUACUGGAAUUUUGCACAUUACCACUGAUUACGUCUUGCUAGCAUAAGCUUUCUGUCUCUGAUGGAUCCUGAUGUAGUGAUGACAAAUGACCAGACUGUCCAAACUCACAACCACAGGAGUCCUGUGACCUCAGUACUCAUAAGAUUCCUCUGUGAUUAGAAUCACGGCGGAGUAUACGGAGUGUCAAGGUCACCAAUGGGGCUACUUGGUAACAGCAGUGGCCCCCCAUCCUGCUUCAGACAACAGUGUGCUCCAUAUUUCCAGUUUAGACCGUUGGAAAAUAAGCAAUAAAACAAACACUUUGUAGUGCCUGCACCAAUCAAAUUACAGUAUGAAGACCAUAAGUCCGUACCGAAAAUUAACAACGUAGAACACCAACCAGCGUUGUUACUACAGAAAUAUGACUGAAAUGUGCAUUUCUUCAAUUUUGACCCUAUACUAUAAAUACAAAACACAUUUAGUAGAAGAAGCGAAUUUCAUAACCAGGAGCACCUUUUGCUAUCUUGAGUAAUGAGGUGACUCAGUUGUGAGAGAUAAUGAACCUAAAAAGUAGUAGCUGCCACAUCCUCUCUGGGCCUCUGUACAUUUGGUGAUGGAGUUGGCCAUAAAAUUCAGUCCCAGUCAUUUUAGUCCUGACCUUUGGGAUGGACCCAGUGGGACCAAAGAGACUUCACAUGGACUCGUAUUCUGAAAUGGACUUUCAUUCAGAUAAAAACUGAAGCUUCAGGUGUCAUUUCCUUGUGGGGUUAUAAGAUAAAUUGCCUUUUAGCCAGUGAAUUUUAUUUUGUUGUAUUUUCUUUGUUGAAUUGUUGAAAAGUAGCUACAAUUAAAUUUGUAAAUUCUUACUUUUAUAUAUUUACUUAGUCACACCCCUUUUAUUGUGUUUUAUGAAAAUAGGAAAGGCAGGGUGGGCUGUAUCAUUUAAAACCGAUUUUACUGUGAAUGCAAUUGUUACCAAAGGAAUUCUGCUUCAGAAAGAUGCUGCCUCAGAGCAAGAGAAGAGCUUUGUUGAAAGGCUGUUUGAAAUGGAAAUAACUGUAGAAUAGUGAACCUGACAGAUUUUUUUUUUUUUUUUUUAAUCCAUUUCAGUUUUGUUUUCUUCAGUACACACAGCCAUAUUCCACAUAAUUAGAUUAACAUUAUUCUGCACUGCACUUAUUUGGGGCAAAGAAAUCUUCAGCAUGUGUUGUAGUCUCACUUUGGUUUGGGGAUUUCUGAGGGGGGGAUGGAAUGUUGUUUAAAUGCAUUUGUUCAAACGUUGCCUUAGCAUUGUUCUUGUACAGUUCAUUUUCUCAUGUCAGUUUAUUUUGUGGAUACUUUUAAUUGAAACCUAAGAAUUCCUGAAGCAUUUCACAUGUGAUUUUAAAAUGUACAGACUGUAAUACGCUUUUAGAAAGUAAAAAUCGUGUGUGGUAUUUUGUCAGUAGUUUUAAUUUACAAAACUGCUUUUACACCACAAGUGUACUGUUUUCUUUGAAGGAAGAUGUUUUGAUGUUCCUAUUGCCAGCCACAGCAGGACACGUGAAUGGUGGUGAAAGUAUGAAUAAAUGGACUUUUUGUUCUGCUAUUAGUCUGAAGUGCUCCAGUCAAAAAUGGUGGCACAGAUUAUCUGAGCUUUUACACAAGGAGCAGGGCUUUAUUUCAGCAUGGUAAACUGUAACACUACUGGUUAACAAUACAACGCAUAUAUUUAACCCAGUUUACCGAGUAACACGUAACAACACAACCCCUCAAACUAUUCCAGCGUAUCGGAAGUGGUAUGAAUUAGUGACGUGUAGAAUGACUGCAUCAUCACCAACAGGUUGGACAACAAAUUUGAGCCUCAGCACACUGAAUUUAGUGUUGAGUUUGGUGAUAAAAGAGGCUGUUAGUUACACAAUAACUGAAAGCUGAGCAGCUGACAGCAAAUACUAGACACAGAGAUACAGAUCUUCAUAAGAGCACUAAAAAUAAUAAAGCUGU